UUAUAGAACAAAGUGGAGGGAAAAACCCCAAACUCCUCCGACGCUUCCGAAGAAGAAAUGCCCAGGAGACGACUUAUGCUCAACUCCUAUUCCGAUGAAGACGAAGAUCAAGAAAAUCAACUACAAGAGCAAGACCAUGAGAAUGGAGUUCAUUCGCAGCACGAGCCUGCUGCCAAUCAUCUGCCUUCAAACCCUAACCCUAACCUCCAGGAACCAGUCCCUAUCUCAGACGACGACGAUUUCGUUGACGUCUCCGACAAUCUCACUCCUCCCUCCCCUCCACUGGAUCCGAUCCCUAAUCACUCGCCGCAACAAUCGCCACUUGUGCCUCCGGGGACAUCUGGUUGUCCGGUUGGGGAUUUUCUCUUAAGGAUGGGAUUGAAGUUAAAGAGAGAGUGGUUGAAUUCUUGUCUUCACGGACUUGAGAGCUCUGUUCGGCACCUUGAUGUUGAGGCCAAGGCCAAGCUUUGCUUCCAGCAGUUUUUGUUUUCAGAUAUGAAUUAUUGCGGCGGUGGUGUGCUUCCCCCAAAUGUGGAUUCCAUGCAUCUAGUGCAUCUCGCAGGGCCAUUCGUGUUGCAGGUUGAUGAGAUUGUUAAUAUUAGUUGUCCCCUCAAAGGCAGGUAUCAAGAUGCUCCAUCAGGGGUCAAGAGGUGCCUCAAAUUAUCCAUGACAGAUGGACUUCAACGUGUUUUUGGCAUGGAAUACAGGCCUAUCAAGGAUCUCCAAGUCUUAGCCUCUGCAGGAUUGAAGGUUGUAAUCUGUAAUGUGCAUAUCUGGCAUGGGCUUCUAAUGCUGGUCCCUGAAGCUUUAGAAGUUCUUGGAGGGAUGGUUGAUGAGCUGGAAGCAGCACGCCAACUUCUUGUUAAUGAAGUAAAUAAGCCACCAAGGGGAAAAAGAUCAAGGACAGGAGUGGUGCCUCCUUUAGCAACUAGAGCAACUCUGGCUGCAUGGCCUUGUAAUGCUGUUAAUAUUCCUGGAAAUACCAAUACCUCUGUUGAUGUCCAUGGAAAUACCAAUAGCUCUUCUACUGUUCUCAGCCAUAACAAUGAUUUUGUCAAUGUCCUUGGACACACCAAUCCUUCUGUUAGUGUUCAUGGACAUGCCAAUAGUUCUGAUGUUAUUAGAUCCACCAAUAGUUCCAUAUUACAAGGUGUAACUCCCUUUCAGGCAGACCAAGGUGCUACUAUUGUUGCCCCUGGAACUAGUCGAAGGACUACAGAAGAAUUUGCUGCUUCAAUGAGCUCAGGGAACAACAUGCCUAAUUCAUCAUCUAGUGUUGUUUCUGAUGUUGAGGAGAUGCAUAUUGAUGCUUCCUUUAACAGGGAAAAUGCUGUUUCCAAUGUCAUUUCGAAUCAUGAGGAUGUCCAUAUGGUUGAUGAGUUUGAACACCCCCUCAUAUUGUCUGGAGACCGAGAAAUCCCAUUUACAUACUUGGCUAGUUUGUCUGCUAAGUGGGCUGCGAUGAAGGAAAAAACAUCUUUUGUCCAAGGAAAAGUUAAGUGCUUUUUGACUGGUGUAAAGAGGUUCCAGUAUAAGCGGAGGACAACAUAUGAGCUUCGAGUUUAUGUUGAUGAUGGCAGCCUCAUUUCUGAGAUCCUAAUUGAUCACGAUGUGGUACAGAAGGGAAUAGGUCAUUCUCCUGAGGAGGUCACUGGCGCUCUUUCUUCAUCAGAUGCAAAGAGAGUUGGUGAUAUGAAGGAAACACUGAGACAGUUCCAAAUAUUCUUAGUGAAUUUUGAGGGAACAAUGCGUGUAGAGAUGAAUCGAACCUCUCCUCUUCCAGUUGCCCUUGAGAUGAGCCGAGGCUGUUCUGCUUCUGAUGCCUGGUUGCUAAUGAGAAGGCUGAAGUCUUCUGCUUCUGGUCAGAUACCGCACCGACCCUCCUCAGAUCCAAUUGACAUAUCACCAUGAUUGCCUCCUCUAAAUUAAUGCAUUUUUUCUCAGAAGGAAGUUUGGACUUUUAAAGUUGGUUAUGGUGAAAUAUUUCUUGUUGUUUUCUGAUUGAAAGAGGAAACUUUUGAGCUUUGUUAUUCAGAUUCAUGGGUCAUGAUUACUCUCAGCAGGCAUAAUGGCAGGCCAUGAAACUGAAGUUAUGAGAGAAACUAUGCAAUCAUUCCUGGUCUUCAGUUACAUGCCUAGAUGUACGAGAAAUGGUCAGAGGAUGGAACUUUUCCGGGCUUGAUCCUGAUUCAAGUAAUGGUUUCACAAGAUUUUGAUCCAGGCCAGGCACCAUCCCCUGAAGGCUGGUUAACUGUUCAAGUCAUUUGGUAAUGAGUAGAGGCAAACUAGGAAAUGCAGUUUACCCCUGAACAAAAUGUAAUUUCAUGCGGUUUUCUCCAUGCAAAUGUGAAGCCAACCAGAUUAGAUGGGAGGAGACCAGCCUGGGUAAUACCAGAGAAAUCUGGAGAAGCCAUCGUCUUGAGUUCAUUGAGACUGCAUAUAUUAGCACCAUUGUAUAUUCUAUCCUCCUUUUUGCCUUUUUAAGGAAAGCUUCCGUUAUCCAUACAGAGCACAAACUCAGGAAAUUUUAAUGUCUACAAUUCCUUUAUCUAAGUUAGCAGAUCAAGGAUAUCUUCUUGCUAAUCAUAUCUCUGUGACUGGCCACGGCCCGGUAUUAAAAACAAACGGUUGCUCCACUCUAUUACCUCGGGCAAGAAAACCUUCCAAAAGAAUAUUGCACGGUACCAAGCUGGUUCUGUCAAGUAUUUCUCUCCACGGCAUGCACCUUCCACAAUUGCUUUGGCACACUCUCGAGUGGACUCAAAUGUACGACACUUAUUUGGACCUAACAGCAAAAUGUCUAGGUUACAGGUACAAUUCGAGAAGACCCGCUUAUGUGCAUGUAAAAUGCCAGUAGAAUCUUACAUCUCUCAUUUCUUCAUCCACUGCCAAUUGGCCUUGCUGAUUUAGGAAUUUUCCUCCGGUCUUUUCUGACUCGAUCAAUCCAGGAUUAACAAUUGUUAUUCCAAUUGGUGGCCCCAAUUCUAUCCUCAGUGUCUCGUACGUGCUAACCAAUGCUGCUUUACUUGCCUAUACCAUCGAGAAAACGGAAUUCGUCACAACCCAUAAUUCUAAAGGAACACGUGAGAUAGAGAGCACACACAUACACUGAAAUGAAAGAUGCUCGACGGGAUACCUUACAUUAUAAAAGCUCAUUCUUGGGGCAGGUAGCCAUGAGGCACACAAAGCAAUAACUAUGAUCUUCCCUUUGCUCCUUUUUAAGUGAGGGAUUGCAAAGUAAGAGCUAUAUACUGAACCCCAGAAGUUUAUGUCCUAUAUGGAAAUCAUAACAUAGCAUGUUAAUGGAAACAUAUUUCUGUACAAAAAUCCUAUUCUUGUGUUUAUUGUAUGGUUUAUAAUUAAUACUAAAGCUUACUAGUUUCCUAUGUAAUAAUAUCUGGAGAACUUGCUA